UAGAACUGCAUCAAGAUGGAUCCAGGGAAUAGGGUGUUAACUGGUAGAACUGGGAGUAGAACCCCCUCUCCUUCCACCAUGCUCACUCACACUGUACGGAAGGUGUUCCGUAACCACGGGGAGUUCUGUGCAAGUCAGCCCUGGGAGGUGAUCGUAGCUACGCUAACUUUCUUGGUUUGCAUCCUCACAGUCUGGGGGAAACAUGGAGAUCAACCCCAACCUUCAAACCUUAAUACUACAUCCAGUACACAAACAUCAGAGGUUGGAGGCUCUUGGACCACAAUGGAGUUGGUUAUCAUGACAUUUAUCCGCUGCCUGGCCUUGUUGCACUGCUACUACCACUUCAAGAAGGUUCACAGGGUCGGCUCCAGUCUUAUCAUGAAGAUCACUUUGGCUUACCUUGCCUUCACGAUGAUCCUGUACAGCCUGAUCGUGUUCGGUAUGAUGGGACCCGAGUUUGAUAACGUCAAGGAGUCUUGGUUUCUUAUCAUGCUCUUCACGGAUAUACCAAAGGUGACCCGUCUUGCCCAGUUUGCUCUGACUUCCUCUCAUCAGCGACGUAUAUCUGAGAACCUGGCUGUCGGGAUGGCCCAGCUUGGUCCUGUUAUGACUUUCGAGACGGUUGGAAAAGUCCUUGUUGUCGGACUCUGUGGACUGACAAACUAUACUCGACUAGAACUACUUUGCACCUUUGCUCUGAUCACAGUAUUCGUUGACUUUCUGACCUUCAUGAGCUUCUACCCCUCCGGGCUCUCCCUGGUCAUAGAGUUAAUGUUCAACAAGAACGGGCGUCCGCACUGGGAUGUAAAACAGAUCAUUAAGAUGCUUCCUCAUGAAGAGACACAGAAUUCUGUUGUGUAUAGGGUGCGCGUGAUCGCUAUGACCGGACUGGUGGUGGUGCACACCUUCUGCCGAUGGCCGGUAGAUUACUCGGUAGAAAAAUCUGCUAGGACAGCUCAGUAUAUCAGUAGCGAGUGGUUAAAGCUCAUCGUUGCUAACGCAGAGCAGUUCUGCAUCCUUGCGCUCGUGCUCGCUUUGGCUGUGAAGUACCUGUUCUACGAGGACUGGGAGGAGAACUGCAGAAUCAGGAAAACCUACCUAGAGGAGCUGGAGAGGAAGUUCGAGGAGGCCAGUGAGAGUGAGUCCGUGGACACCAACACCAGCGAGCGGUCAACUCUGAGAGACUGUGUGCGUACUGGUGGAGACGAGAUGGAUAGAUCUUCGAACUCAACAGAUGAAGGCAUCAGCCUAAGUACACUGUCUCAAAGAAGAAUGUCUGCUAACUUUGACCGACGGUUGUCUAGCAACUUGGACAGAAGAUUAUCAGCCGGGGCUAAAUCUUUGCAUUCUCACAGGGAUAGAGUAUCUAUCGUUGUUGGAUGUGAUUCAUUCUCUGAGAGUCCUUGGCCUGAGAUGUACCUUGAGGCUGUGGAUGCCGAGGUUCAAACAGACUCGACUGUUCAACCAUCUCAAUCCUACCACGAUCAAACCCUAGAGGAAGAGAAGGAUUCACUGGACUAUGAGCAAGUACCAAGAGAAGUGGCUGAAUGCGUGAAAAUCAUGAAUUCUUCCGAGGAUGGAACCUCCUCUCUCAUAGACGAGGAGAUUAUUCAGUUAGUUGACACCAAACAUAUUGCUUGCCACCAGCUGGAGAAGAUCCUUAACAAUCCAACCAGGGGUGUGGAGAUCAGAAGAAAGAUUAUCGGUAAAGCUGGGAACAUGCGACGUGCCAUGAACACACUCCCCUACAAACAUUACGACUACCAGCUGGUAAUGGGGGCGUGUUGUGAGAAUGUGGUCGGAUAUAUGCCUGUACCUGUCGGGGUCGUGGGACCUCUCAACCUGGAUGGAAACCCUAUACAUAUCCCAAUGGCGACAACUGAAGGUUGUCUGGUUGCCAGCACUAACCGAGGGUGUAGAGCUCUCAAGGAUUGUGGUGUUAACACUGCAAUAACUUAUGAUGGUAUGACUAGAGGUCCAGUGAUAAGACUGCCAUCCAUGCAUAGAGCCACAGAGGUCAUGCGCUGGUUGGAAAACAAAUCAAAUUUUGAGGUUGUGAAAACAAAUUUCGACUCCACAAGCCGGUUUGCUAGGCUCCAGCGAUUACACAUACGCAUCGCCGGAAGACUUCUUUAUAUCAGAUUUGUUGCCAAGAGUGGCGAUGCUAUGGGCAUGAACAUGCUUAGUAAAGCGACAGAGUUCUCAUUGAGACGAAUGUUGGAUAUCUUCCCGGAUAUGGAAAUCCUCAGCCUUUCAGGAAACUUCUGCACAGAUAAGAAACCAGCUGCCGUCAACUGGGUUGAGGGUCGAGGUAAAUCUGUGGUUGCAGAGGCCAUUGUUCCAGCUUUUAUUGUUAAAACUGUUCUUAAAACUUCAACCUCAGCACUUGUCGACCUCAAUAUAUCUAAAAACCUCAUUGGCUCUUCCAUGGCUGGAUCCAUAGGUGGAUUCAACGCACAUGCAGCAAAUAUAAUCACAGCUAUAUAUAUUGCUACUGGACAAGAUGCUGCACAGAAUGUUGGAAGUAGUAACUGUAUUACACUAAUGGAACCCUGGGGUAGGGAUGGAGAGGAUCUGUACAUAACAUGCACAAUGCCCAGUAUAGAGGUCGGAACAGUAGGAGGAGGAACUGUCCUACCAGCUCAAGGAGCAUGCCUGGAGAUGCUUGGUGUCCGAGGACCUCAUCCCGCCUGCCCAGGAGAGAAUGCAUCCCAGCUGGCUAGAAUAGUCUGUGGAGCUGUUCUAGCAGGGGAACUGAGUCUCAUGUCUGCUCUAGCAGCUGGUCAUCUCGUCCGUUCCCAUCUUCGUCACAAUCGGUCAACUCAGGGACCUCUAGCCCCUCAGGUCGAGCGACCAUUGUGCUCUAGCUCCCCCCUUCCCCAGCAACAGCAGCAGUCUGGGGAACCUAGUUUUAAAGAUCUUGUUCCUUGUGCUCCACUUUGACGUAGUCACUCAGAUAAAUAGUUCACACAUCUCUUAAACUUAGCAGAACAACUCUUAACGAUGUCAUUUCCCACCAAUGUCUAUUUUGGAAGUUGUCAAGCUGUGAGAGGUGAAAUAUUUAUGUACAGUACAACUUUAUAUGCUAUUGCAGUACAGUAAAGCUUGUCCUCCUGUUCCAGUACAGUACAGCCUGUUCUUAUGUUGCAGAAAUGUACUACUAAGUUCUGUUGUUGCAUUACAGUACAGAUUAUCUUACUAUUACAGGACAGUAUAACUUGUCCUCCUGUUCCAGUGCAGUACAGCUUGUACUUCUGUUGCAGUAAGGUACUACUAAGUUCUGUUGUUGCAUUAUAGUACAGAUUAUCCUACUAUUACAGGAUAGUAUAGCUUGUCCUCCUGUUGCAGUGCAGUAAAACUUGUCUUAAUACUGCAGCAUUGUACAGCUUGUUCUUAUGUUUCAGUAGAGUUCAGCUUGUACUGCUGUACGAUACCCUGUCUUCCUGUUGCAGCACAUUAUAGCUUCUAUUGCUGUUGCAGUACUGUACAGCUUGUCCCACUGUUGCAGUACGAGUUGUUCUCCAAUGACGUCUAAAGACCUCUCUACUAAAGCCCAGUUGAAGUAGAGAACGCGGUAUCUUCAUUAAACAACGUAUUAAGUGAAACAUUCAACCAAAUAGAUACCUUCGCUACCUACCUUCAGUUUUACUCCGUCCAGACACAUGAUGAAGUUUAUCCAACCAACUUAUCACCAGAUCUUCUAGUUCUUCUCUUCACAUCCCUGCUAGAUUACGUAUUCUUCCAUUCAUGAAUUGUAAACCCCCAGUAUCAUUUAAUUUUCUUUUUUUUAGAAAAAUCAGGCUGCUCUCUUUAAAUCCCAGUAUGUCAUCAAGUAAGCACUUUUUAAGAGAAACUCGGUGAAUACGCUCUCUACAAAAAGCGCCUAUUUUUAAUUAAAUUUCCAAAAUAAUCAAAAUUUAUUUUUGUAAAAAGUGUUCAGCAUUAUUUUUGAGCCCAUGUUGAUGAUUAUAAUCUAGUUUAUACAUACAUAUAUACAUAUAUACAAUUUUAUAUUUUUAACAAUUUUAUUGUUGGUUUAUCUUAGUUGUUGAUAAAAAGGCUGACAAAUUAUUCUGUUUGUUUAUUUAAAAUAAGUUGUUUGAUAAUAUGUCGUCAAUUCUACAUUAUUGCAUUUGAUCAAUGUAUUUAUUUCUAGCCCAGUUCACUCAACAAUUCUCUAGGAUACUAAUAAUAGUAAUGUAGAUUGUAGAUUUUCUUCUAUAUUAUAACCUAGAGAAUCUAGACUUUCUAGAUAACUAGUAAUCUAGUCUACAUAGAUUACUCUUAAUAUAGAUUAUGGAGAUUACUAAUAACUAUAGGUUACAAGUAACUUAGAUUCUUUAGGUUACUAGUAACUUAGUUAACGUUCUUAAUGAGUUGUUGAUUAGCGAGCAAGUGUUUAGACCAAUGAAAUAGUUAAUUCUUGUUAAUGUGGUAACAUACGCAAUUUUUUUCAUUAAAGCAAAAUACAUUAAUCCUGUGUCUCAUGUUUUCCUUUACCAGGAUAUAACAAACAAAAAUAUUUGUAUAAUUUAAUCUGAUGCAUUCUGUUCCAUGUUUACUCUUCAUUGUAAAUUGUGUAAUAUAUUAGGUAGUUAUUUUUAUGCUAAUUUUCUGAUGGGUUAAUUCAAUUAUUUCCCGCUUUAUGGGGAUCAAAGGGGAGAGGGGGGGUGUUAACAUUUUUAAACCAAACAAUAGUACAAAGCUCAAAUGAUAUUACUUGUGAAAACAAAUAAUGUUUUUUUAAAUAAAAAAAUUUCAAUUUCAA